AUGAUAACUUCAAACUACGAUCAUACCGGCAGAUCAUCCACAAUCAACUCAACAACUCCAAAACACAGACAAUAUACGUUUUACCUCCAGGUAACAAAGCAAGUGAAGUUGGAGGGAUGGACAGAGAAGAUAAUGGCGAUGAACAACCUCAUGGGUAUAUACUUUGAGGAUGAAGAGGAGUAUGCCUUUGACAAACAGUUCUGGGAAGGGAUCAGUGAGUUUAUGAAGGUGAUGUCAACACGAUCAGUGGAGAUGGAGUUCUUUAUGUGUGAAGGAAGCUCACUCUCAUACUCAUUGCAUAACGUGCCCUUGACCAGCUUGGGCAUUGAUAUCAUGGAUAACUUCCCCGAGUACACCCACUACCCAAAGACACUGACCCAACUGGCAAUCAAUGGAACGUUUGGUGAGCUAGUGGGUCUGCCAGACACUUUGACGCAACUCGACAUCAUGUCCAAGGAAUGGAAUCACCCUAUUAAGCCUGGCACUCUCCCCAUUGGAUUGAAGAAGCUGUCAUUUGGAUAUGGAUUCAAUCAACCGAUUGGUAAAGAUACCCUUCCUCCCUCAUUGGAGUCCCUAGACUUUGGAGUCAAAUUCAAUCAACCACUGACCAACAUACCAAAGAGUGUUACCAAACUCUGUGUGGAUGAAGCCUUCCAACAUCCAAUUGACAAUCAACUUCUAAGGAAGCUGUCCCAUAAAGGUGUCGCAGUAUUCGCCCCUGGAGUUGCCUUUCCCAAACUCACCAAGUUGGUGACAGAGAGAGAGGAUGAUAAACAGGUGUCGCUCCCAUCAUCUACUUUCCCAUGUCUCAAGACACUCUCACUACGUACAAUGUUCAGGACAUGGAGCGAAUCACUUGACCUCUCAAUGUCCAUGACAUCAUCAUUGAGAUUGCUUGAAAUCAUGGCCUAUGGACCGAUCACAUCAUUCCCUCAAGGCAUCCAGAAGUUGAGGUUGAUAGACAGUUGUGAACAAAGCUUUGUCAUCACCAACACCACAUUGCCUCGAACACUACGAUCAUUUAGCAUUAGGAGGUAUCAUCACAAGUUUGAGUCGGAUCACUUCCCUCCAGCACUCACAUCACUCAAGUUGAUUGAUAUUGCGCAAUGGCCACUACCAAGUCAACUUCCGGCCACACUUAGAUCAUUGAGAAUAUGUUGUCGGGAGAGCAAGUGGGUCAAGGAGCAUUUGGAAACAAUACUGGCAAUGACAUCAUUAGAUCGUAUCAAACUAGAGGCCAAUGGUCAUUCCUUCUCUCUGUUCAGAAUCAAUGACACCCUCUUCCUCAAGUAUCUAUAUUCAGUGCUUGGCAAAUUCACCGAAUGUGAGUUCAUUGACAUUGAUGGAGUUCUCAAGAAGUUACGCAUCAAAUAA